AUGUUUGGAAAGGGAACAAUCGCAGUGGAGGAGGCGGUCAUCAGUCCCGACUCAGCUUGGCUUCUGAGAGAGGACUUGGCCAAGCUGAGCCCAGGGGAUUUUACUGAGAAGUUCUUUGAGGAACAUAAAGCGCGCCUUGGGGAUAUACACGACAAGCGGCUCCAAUCAAUGGACAAUGAGGGUGUCGAGUACAUGCUGCUUUCCCUCACGGCGCCGGGCUGCCAAGGUAUCCAAGAGAAAGGGCUAGCGGAAGCCACCGCACGAGAAACGAAUGACUGGCUGUCAGUAGAGGUUGCCAAGAAUCCAGCUCGAUUUGGAGGCCUGGCAGCUUUAUCCAUGCAUGAUCCGUCCCAAGCAGCUCUCGAACUCGAGCGGGCCGUGAAGGAGUUGGGAUUCUUUGGUGGCUUGGUCAAUGAUUUCCAAAGCACUGGUGACGGGACCGGUAAGGAGUAUUUCGAUACGAACAAGUAUGAUCCCUUCUGGAAGAAAGUAGAAGAGCUUGACGUGCCCAUCUACUUCCAUCCUCGUUAUACUAUUGGGCCUGAGCUGGAGGAUGGAACGAAAUAUGGAGAUCGACCGCAUCUGCUGGGUGCCGCAGUGCAAUUUCAUCUUGACUUAUCAUUCCACGUCUAUGCCAUGUGCUCUUCAGGGAUGUUCGACCGGUUCCCGGGUGUCAAGAUUGUGGUUGGUCAUCUUGGGGAGAACAUUCCGUUCAAUCUUGUGAGAGCUUGCCACUGGUACAACAAGCCCUCCAAAAAGAAAACGCGCCCGUCGAGGGAAGACUAUCGCUACUACUUCCAGCACAAUAUCUACAUAACCACAUCUGGAAACUUUAACACCAGGGGGCUCAAGUACUGCCUCGAUGAGCUCGGGGUUGACAAGUGCUUGUAUUCCAUAGAUACACCUUACGAUCAGGUGGAGGUGGGUCAAGCCUGGUGGCGCACAGUGGAGCUGGGCGAGGGCCAAAAGGAACAAGUCGGAAGAACAAAUGCUAUAAAGCUGUUCAAGCUACCGUUGGAGAUCUGA